AUGCAGGAGGACCAGCCGUUCAAAGUUGCCGUUGUUGGUGGAGGAAUAGGUGGUGCAAGUUCGGCUUAUUUUUUACGGAAAAUGUUUGGCAAUAAAGUUUCUAUUACCCUUUUUGAAAAAUCCGGACGAAUCGGUGGUCGUAUCAAAGCAGUACCUUUUUGUGGAGAAACUUGCGAAUCUGGAGCUAGCGCCAUUCAUUCUAGUAAUCAUUACAUGACUUCGUUUGCAAAUCAAUUCAAAAUACCUUUGGUUCCUUUAAAAAAUGCUGAUCAUCGCUUACUUCUUUUUGAAGAAGGUUAUAGACCAGUAUUUUCAAAUAUUACUGAUCAGACAACAUUUCUAACCCCGAUUCACUUAUUUUGGCGUUACGGCCUCAACUUGCUUCGUGCAAAGUUUUAUCUAAUGGCUAGAAUUCGAGAAUUCACUCAAAUUUAUGCUUUGCAAGAACGUGGUGAAUGUUUCACUUCACCCGGUUUACUAUUAAAAAAAUUAUCUAAACAUUUCCCUGAAAUGACAAAGUGUACUUUUGCUGAAUGGAUGCGUAAAGAAAUUGGAUUAGACGAGAAAUAUAUAAAUGAAUUAGGGUUUGGAAUAUUUUCGAGUAAUUAUUGUCAGAAUUCAGUAGAUGCUCAUGCAUUUGUCGGAGUGAUUUCUUCAGCUUGUACAGUAUCUGAUGUAUAUACUAUUGAAAAUGGAGCUGAACAAAUCCCGCAAAAGUUAGUUGAAGUUGCAUUGGCCGGCAAUCCUUCUGGUGCUCCAAAAGAGUUUAUACACGCUACGGUGAAGAAGAUUACACGAACCGAUAAUGAUAGAUUACGCUUAUCCUAUGAUCUAGCCGAUAAUAAUAAAACUGAAGAGGGACUUUUCGAUUACGUCAUAUUGUCAUUACCACUACAUCAAGAGUCCAAUAUUUCCACUUCAGAUGAUAUUAAACUACCCAGCUUACGUUAUCAUGAGAUGUGUCGUACAUUUUUAUCCGGUCAAAUCAAUUAUUCGUUAUUUGAUCUACCGUUAAGUAAGUAG